GCGGCCUGGCGCGCCGAGUUGGUUCUGCGACCCACGGCCUUCCGGUGCCUUCAGAGGGCGGUGCACCCUUGAGGAGAGGGAGCGCCCGGAGAUGCCCCGUGGGGGCCUGUCUCGAGGCCCUAAGAGAAAAAGAAGUCGGGAUGCAGAGUACCCAUCCUUUCCAGGAGAGAGUCCCCUACCAUGCAGACGAGCAGGGCUCAGGACCGUGGGGGCUGAGGCUUCCCUGUCUGAAGCAUGGCUCAGGUGUGGAGAAGGAUUUCUGAAGAGUCCUGGCACUCCGCCAUUAACAGCUGAAAAGAAGACUACCACAGAAAAACACCUUGAAUUAUCCUGUCCACCCAAGAAAGAACCUACCGCCUUUAAGAGUACCAGUGGGCUUGCAGCUAUAACGUGGAGUUCCAGUGGAAGUGAUCUGUCAGAUGAAGAUAAAACAGCUUUUAAAUCAUACAGAGAUAAUAGAUAUUCUAGAACAGGCAGGUGUCCAGAAGAUGGGGCCAGUGAAGAUGACCUGCAGGUUAUUGACUGGGAGAUAGACAGUGAGAGGGAAGAUGCUUGUGAACGUGAUGAAUUUGAAGACCGAGAAAGUGUGCUGGAAAUAUCUGACUGUGCUUCUGGUGCAAGCAGUCGUUCUUUGACACCAGCAGAGACGCCACCCGAGCUUCCUAAGAUAAAUCCUACAGAGAUUUUAGAGUAUUCAUCAGAUAGUGAAGAAGAUGACAGCUCUGAGAACGUCUUGGUCAUUGAUUCAGAAUCCUCUCACAAAUACCACAUGGAUUUUGGGUCAAAUGGAACACAGGUUACAGAGAGAGGAAAAAACCUGAGGGUAGAAUCUAUGGAGACCAUUUUGCAGACACCCAAGAAACAGACAAAACUUCCCAAGACUCCAGAAAGUUCAGCAAAGGGGAAGAAGCUUUUAAGAGGCGGGCUAGCAGAAAGACUUAAUGGACUGCAGAAUCGAGAGAGAUCCACCAUUUCUUUGUGGAGACAUCAGGGUCUUUCUUACCAAAAGACACUUUCAGGUAUAAAAUCUGGUGUCUUAACUGUGAAGAUUCUAGAGCUGCAUGAGGAGUGCACUGUCCAUGUCGCCACGUGUAGGCAGCUGUCAGAGCUACAGGCUGACGGCCCUUCUCAGGGUGGGGCCGCGGAGGCAAGCCUGAAGGUUCUCUUCACCAAGGAGACUGCCCGCUGUCUCAGGGGGCGUCCACAGGAUGUUGUCCACAUCUAUCCUCCCUGGCAAAAGCUUAUUAUCCCAGGUGGAAGUUGCCCUGUUAUUCUGAAUACUUACUUUUGUCAGAAAGUUGUUGCCAAAGAAGAGUCAGAAGCAUCACGUGAUGGGCACAAGUGUGACAUGCCCUGUCCGAGGAGGAGCAGCACUCUGGCUCAGGUGUUCCAGUUUAAGAGCCUAACCGAUAGCUCACCCGAAAGCAAGGUUCUGUGUGAUCGUCACGCUGCAGUGGGCACAGACCGGACCCUCCAUCCCGAACAAGCAGAGCCAUGCGUCCCCAGCCGAGCUCCCCUGAGGGAUUCUCUGCUGGAUGCAGUCGAGAGCCACGGAGCUGCUGCCUGGAUGGGAGUGGGCGUGCGAGUGGUGGUGCAGAGAGUGUACUCCCUGCCCUGCAGAGGCCAGCAGGCAGACAGCACAGACCCACCCAGAGCACGAGUCUGCCUUCUUGUGCAAGAUGCCCUUGGACUCUUCAGUGAGGUGCACUUGGAGGGCGACAUACUGAAGGACAGGCAGCUGGAGGGGAAGUGCUGCAGGCUGUCAGGCAUGAAGGUUCUGCAGAAGGUCACCAGAGCAAGGAUGGCUGAGCUUUUUAGUUUGAUUGACACCAUGUGGCCUCCACGGGCAGCUCUGAAAGCAACAGGCCCUGGCACAACCUUCGAGGAGAAAACUCAUCUGCCUCCUCCUAGCUUCUGUUACAUACUCAGCGCUCAUCCAGACUUGGGGCAGAUUGAUAUAAUUGAAGAUGACCCCGUUGCAGAACUUUACCAGCCACCGACUCCCCGCUUCUUAAAAGAAAUUCUGCAGGCGGACGGCCUCUGUACCCAUUGCAGUUUCUGUGCCAGAGUGAUUUACCGGAGACCACAGGCAGACAGUUUGUUUCUGGAGCCAAGGGAGAUGUGGCUGGUGGUGACUGACAUUACUCUGCAGACACUGGACGAGGACUCAGGCCUCCCCAGAACUGUUCCUGUGCGUGUGGCCACCUCAUGCCUGCUGGACCAGGAGGUCCGGGAUGCUCUCUGCGAGACCACCUCCCAGAGCUUCCUCUUCCGGGACGCUCUCCAAGACCAGGGUCAGAUUGUCUGUGUUGGCCGAACUGUCCUCCUGCCUCUGAAACCCCGUGAGGGUGUGACCACGGGUGCCGGGGAGCUGUCAGGCCCCCUGCGUCUGGAUGAGCUGGGCCCUGGCACUCGGGUCAACUCCAUUUGCAGCAUCCAAGGCACUGUGGUCGCUGUGGACGAGAGCACCGCCUGCUCGUGGCCUGUGUGUGAUCUGUGUGGCAGCGAGAGACUGGAACGGAGCCUGGCAGACAGCAGGGGCACCUUCUCCUGUGGGGACUGCUCCCGCGUGGUCACCUCGCCCAUCCUCAGGAGGCACCUGCAGGUCUUCCUGGACUCCGCCUCGCGACCCCGGUGCACAAUCAGGGUCAAGCUGCUACAAGACAGCAUCUCUUCGCUCCUGAGGUUCGCUGCCUGUGAGGAUGGGAGUUACGAAGUGAGGAGUGUCCUCGGAAAGGAGGUGGGGCCGUUAACCUGUUUUGUCCGGUGCAUCACCACCCACCCGACCAGCAGCAUGGGAUUGGAGGAGGUUGAGCUCCUGAGCGAGAGGAGAGCCUCUUGAGAAUACUGGCAACGGCCACAGGAUCUGCGAACUUUACCAAGUGGCUGAGAGGUGGUGGUGGUUUGGGUAAUUUCUUAACCCUGGGCAGAGUGAAUGUACUUUAUGAUCUUGAAAUGGAACUUCAUGUUAGUAAAAUGGCUUUGUAAACUAUAAAUCAAAAUACUUUUUUCUA